UGGGGAUAGAGUCAAAAACUUCAUACAAAAUUUCAGUCUCUGAAAAUUUCAAUGUGUUUGCUGUGCUGUUAAGCAGCUGGAGCAGAAGAGAAACGUCAUGGGGAGAAAGACUCUUCUGCUGCUGCUGCUGCUGGGUGUCCUCGGAGCGUAUUAUGUUCACACACCUCUCCCAGACAAUAUUGAGGAGCCAUGGAAAUUAGUCUUGUUGAAUGCAGUGCUUAAAACUGUAUUAAAUUUGUCUCUGUUUGCCGAACUAUUGGGAAUCAACCAUUUCAUGGACACUUUAAUGUUCUGUAUGAGUUUUCAAGAAGUCCCACCCACAUCUGCUGAAAAUGUCACUGUGAUGGAGACCACUUUCAACAAUGUUCCUGUCCGUGUCUACAUUCCAAACCGAAAGUCGCAGGCACUGAGGAGGGGCUUGUUUUACAUUCACGGUGGUGGCAUGAGUUUAGGGAGUGCUGCUUUGUUUGCUUAUGACGAGCUCUCAAGACAAACAGUGAAUAGCCUUGAUGCUGUUGUCGUUUCGACCGAUUAUAGAUUAGCACCUAAAUAUCAUUUCCCCAGUCAAUUUGAAGAUGUAUAUAAUUCAUUGAAGUGGUUCUUACGCCAGGAUGUUCUUGAAAAAUACGGUGUAGAUCCUAAAAGAAUUGGAGUUUCUGGAGACAGUGCCGGAGGGAAUUUGGCUGCAGCGGUCACUCAAAAGCUCAUAGAUGACCCAGAUGUCAAGAUCAAACUCAAGAUCCAGUCUUUAAUUUAUCCCGCCCUGCAGACUCUUGAUAUGGAUUUACCAUCCUAUCGGGAUAACGCACUACUUCCACCUCUGACCAAAUCACUCACGGUCAGGUUUUGGAGUGAAUACUUUACCACGGACAGGUCACUUGAAAAAGCCAUGCUCUUCAAUCAGCACACACCAGUGGAAUCAGCCCAGCUCUUCAAAUUUGUUAAUUGGAGUUCUUUGCUCCCCGAGAUCUUUAAGAAAGGGCACUUGUAUAAGAGUCCAACUCAUGAUACUUCUGAGCUGUUUAAAAAGUAUCCAGGGUUUCUAGAUGUGAGGGCAGCUCCCUUGUUGGCUGAUAAUGACAAGUUACAUAGCUUACCUGUGACCUAUGUCAUCACCUGCCAAUAUGACAUCUUAAGAGAUGAUGGAAUCAUGUAUGUCACCCGACUUCAGAAGGCUGGAGUUCGGGUGACCCAUCAGCACUUUGAGGAUGGAUUCCAUGGAGCAAUUACCUAUCAUGGAUUUAAAAUUAGAGAUAGAAUCACAAAUCAUUAUCUGAGUUGGCUAAAUGAAAAUCUAUAGUAAAGUUAUAGAGUCAUCAAACUACAUAAUCCUCAAAAUCACAAACAAAUUAGUGAGAAUCAAAGGGUUUGUUUACAUUGAUUAUGUUCUUCAUCCGUGAACUUUCAAGGGUCCUCAGAGGAAUCGUGCUGUUUUUCGAUAACUUAGUGGAACUCUUCUACACUUUAUUCUAAAUGUUAUUUCCUCUCUUCUGCACCUUUGAAAAUACUACUUUCCUAUAUAUUUUUUUCUUCCUACUAAAGUAUCUAAGAGUCAUUGGUAUUAACUUUGGUAUCCUAGCACAGCAAUAGGCUUGCUUGCAUUAAGAAGUGAAUUUUGUAUUAAUAGACAAAUGGCAUUAAAUUGAGGCAAUGCUUUGAAAAACAGUUUGCACAUAGGUCAUAUUCCUGCCUACAAGGAUGUUUCAAGACUCCAAAUCCAUGCCGGUGACAGCUCUGGCAUUUCACAAGCCAGAUGUGUUUGCUUAGAACUUUUGUCUCAACAGUAAUAUUUUUAGGCAAUAAAAAACUAAGGUGGUUAAUUAGAGCUACAAGAAAUGAGUAACUGUUUAUUUUUCUAAAUAAACUGUUUAUUGUAAUGUGUGUGUUUGAAUAUUUCAUGAAGAAAGCAGGACACUUAAUAAUUUUGUAAAUGUUAAUUAGAAAUUACAUUCAAGCAGUUAUUUUCAAUUCGGUCAUUUUUCUACUUUGAAAAAAUAAGUUGGACACAUUUUAACACCUAAAAUGAAUGCAUACUACCAAUGCAUAGUCAAAUGGAGAUGCACAAGCUGACACAAUUCCUGGAACAGCUACUACAACAAGAGACUAGAAGAACCUGCACUGAAAACUUUAUAAGAAGUGGCAAUUUCAAUUUUCUAUAGCAGAUUAGAAAACAAAUUUUAAAAAUAAUAAAGUUGACAGUAUUAUAGACAUUAUUAGCAAAGUCAUAAUUUUUGUAAGUUCUUUUUCAAUGGUUAAAAAAAUCAGCACAUUUCUUUACCUGAAAACAGAAUUAAAUGUUCAAGAAAAUUUUUAUAAAUGAUUUUUUUAACAUUUUUGAGCUCAUAACUUUGGAUGGUAGAAAAUAGUUUGGAUUCUCACAUAAAAAGGCAAAUCAUUUUUAGAUGGAAAUGUGAUAAAACUAUAUACACAUACAUUAUAUAUGGUAUAUACAUUUAUUAUAAUUAUGGUGCUUGUAUUUGAAAAUUAUGAAGACUAAAAAAAUAGUUGAAAAAAGUAUUUUAAUUAAGCCACCAAACAAUUAUAUGUAUAGUACAAAAUAUUUGUAAUAAUCAGUUACAAAUAUCAGUUAACCAAACAUCAGUUAACUAACAAACUUUUAAAAUGCAAGCACUUUUAGUUGUAGGUGACUUUUGCAGUACAAGAAACUGCCCAAUUAAUACUUAGGUAUAUUCUGUGUCAAGAACAACAACAAGAAAACAAAACACUCCAAGUUCACAAAACAAAAAAAUAAAGUUGUCAACUUACAACUAAAAAAUUAAAAAAAUGUGAACUCCAAACAUGGAUAUAUUUGAAUAUUUUACACCCACCAAAGAAUAAUUUUAACUAGUUAUGAAAAAAGUUAUA